AUGGCCGAGCCGGCAGCCGCGAGCGUCUCCUCGCUGCCCCGCGAGGUCCGCGAGCAGCUGGCCGAGCUGGAGCUGGAGCUCUCGGAAGGAGACAUCACACAGAAGGGGUAUGAGAAGAAGAGAGCAAAGCUGCUGGCUCCUUACCUUCCACAAACCCAAGGGGCUGAUCCAGCGUCACAGAAGGAAUCCAGAACUCAGAUGCCUGCUCCAUCUGCAGCUCCAUCCUCAGCAUCCUCAGCUUCAUCCUCAUCCAAGUUCCACCGAGCUCGCUCCGGAGGAGCCAGGGAUGAGCGCUACCGAUCAGACAUCCACACAGAAGCAGUUCAGGCAGCCCUGGCAAAGCACAAAGAGCAGAAGAUGGCCCUGCCCAUGCCAACCAAACGGAGAUCCACCUUUGUCCAGUCUCCAGCUGAUGCCUGCACUCCCCCAGACACAUCUUCUGCCUCCGAGGACGAGGGCUCGCUCAGGCGCCAGGCUGCUCUUUCUGCUGCAUUGCAUCAGAGCUUACAGAAUGCUGAGUCUUGGAUCAACAGAUCUGUUCAGGGGUCAUCCACAUCCUCAUCAGCAUCUUCUACACUUUCCCAUGGAGAAGGCAAAGGGACCAGUGGGUCUCUAGCUGAUGUAUUUGCCAAUACUCGAAUAGAAAACUUCUCAGUUCCUCCAGAUGUCACAGCAACUACCUCCUCCUCCUCCUCCUCAGCACGGCCAGCAGCAGUCGACCUUCCUCCUUCGGGCAUCGUGAAGGGCAUGCACAAGGGCUCCAACCGCUCCAGCCUGAUGGACACUGCUGAUGGUGUUCCUGUGAGCAGCAGAGUCUCCACCAAAAUUCAGCAGUUGCUCAACACCUUGAAAAGACCUAAAAGGCCUCCCCUGAAAGAAUUCUUUGUGGAUGACUUUGAAGAAAUUGUGGAAGUUCCACAGCCUGACCCAAACCAGCCCAAGCCUGAGGGUCGCCAGAUGACUCCUGUGAAGGGAGAGCCCCUGGGGGUUGUUUGCAACUGGCCUCCUGCCCUGGAAGCAGCCCUGCAGCGCUGGGGAACCACACAGGCCAAGUGUCCCUGCCUGACAGCCCUGGAUGUCACAGGCAAACCAGUGUACACCCUGACCUAUGGCAAACUGUGGAGCAGAAGUCUCAAGCUGGCCUACACACUGCUGAACAAACUGGGGACCAAAAAUGAGCCUGUGCUGAGGCCUGGAGACAGGGUGGCUCUGGUGUACCCCAACAACGACCCAGUGAUGUUCAUGGUGGCUUUCUAUGGCUGUCUGCUGGCAGAGGUGAUCCCAGUGCCUAUAGAGGUACCUCUUACCAGAAAGGAUGCUGGUGGGCAGCAGAUUGGCUUUCUGCUGGGCAGCUGUGGCAUUGCUCUGGCCCUCACCACUGAAGUCUGUCUGAAAGGGCUUCCAAAAACCCAGAAUGGAGAAAUUGUGCAGUUCAAAGGCUGGCCCAGGCUCAAGUGGGUUGUGACAGACUCAAAAUACCUCUCCAAAUCUCCCAAGGACUGGCAGCCCAACAUCUCAGCUGCAGGACCUGAGCCAGCAUACAUUGAGUACAAGACCAGCAAGGAGGGCAGCGUGAUGGGGGUCACAGUGUCUCGCAUGGCCAUGCUGGCUCACUGCCAGGCCCUGUCCCAGGCCUGCAACUACUCUGAAGGUGAAACCAUAGUGAAUGUUCUGGACUUCAAGAAGGAUGCAGGCCUGUGGCAUGGCAUUCUGACGAAUGUAAUGAACAAGCUGCACACCAUCAGUGUGCCCUACUCUGUGAUGAAAACCUGCCCCCUCUCCUGGGUGCAGAGAGUCCAUGCCCACAAAGCUAAAGUGGCUCUGGUGAAGUGCCGAGACCUGCACUGGGCCAUGAUGGCUCACAGGGACCAGAGGGACGUCAGCCUGAGCUCGCUGCGCAUGCUGGUGGUGACUGAUGGUGCCAACCCCUGGUCUGUUUCCUCCUGUGAUGCCUUCCUGAGCUUGUUUCAGAGCCAUGGGCUUAAGCCAGAGGCAAUUUGUCCCUGUGCCACCUCUCCAGAAGCGAUGACCAUUGCCAUACGCAGGCCUGGGGUCCCUGGGGCUCCUCUGCCUGGCAGAGCCAUCCUGUCCAUGCAAGGGCUGAGCUUCGGUGUGAUUCGAGUCAACAAUGAGGACAAGAACUCUGCUCUCACUGUGCAGGAUGUUGGCCAUGUGAUGCCAGGAGGCAUGAUGUGCAUAGUGAAGCCUGAUGGAGCUCCCCAGCUCUGCAAGACCGACGAGAUUGGGGAGAUCUGUGUCAGCUCCAGAGCAGGAGGGAUGAUGUAUUAUGGGCUGGCAGGGGUCACAAAGAACACCUUUGAGGUGAUCCCUGUGACCGCUGCGGGCUCCCCGGUGGCCGAGGUGCCCUUCGUCCGCUCCGGCCUGCUGGGAUUUGUUGGACCUGGCAGCCUGGUGUUUGUGGUGGGGAAGAUGGAUGGGCUGCUGACGGUCAGCGGGCGCCGGCACAACGCCGAUGACAUUGUGGCCACUGGGCUGGCAGUGGAGUCCAUCAAGACAGUCUACAGGGGAAGGAUUGCUGUGUUCUCUGUGUCUGUCUUCUAUGACGAGAGGAUCGUAGUGGUGGCAGAGCAGAGGCCGGAUGCCUCCGAGGAGGACAGCUUCCAGUGGAUGAGUCGAGUGCUGCAGGCCAUUGACAGCAUUCACCAAGUGGGUGUCUACUGUCUUGCUCUUGUGCCAGCCAACACCUUGCCAAAGACUCCCCUGGGAGGGAUCCACAUCUCCCAAACCAAGCAGCACUUUCUGGAGGGCUCUCUGCACCCCUGCAACAUCCUCAUGUGUCCUCACACCUGUGUGACCAACCUGCCCAAGCCCAGGCAGAAGCAGCCAGGUGUGGGCCCUGCCUCUGUGAUGGUUGGCAACCUGGUGGCUGGCAAGCGAAUUGCCCAGGCCUCUGGAAGGGAUCUUGGGCAGCUGGAGGACAAUGACCUGGUGAAGAAGCACCAGUUCCUGACAGAGGUCUUGCAGUGGAGAGCUCAAGCAACUCCUGACCACCCACUCUUCCUUCUGUUAAAUGCCAAGGGAACCACUGUGUGCACAGCCACCUGCCUGCAGCUGCACAAAAAGGCUGAGAGGAUUGCAUCAGUGCUGUGUGACAAAGGACAUCUCAAUGCAGGAGACAACGUGGUGCUUCUCUAUCCUCCUGGCAUUGAGCUGAUCACUGCCUUCUAUGGCUGCCUGUAUGCCGGCUGUGUGCCUGUCACCGUGCGGCCGCCACACGCCCAGAGCCUCAGCGCCACUCUGCCCACCGUGAGGAUGAUCGUGGAGGUCAGCAAAGCUGCCUGCAUCCUCACAACCCAGACCUUAAUGAGGCUGCUGAAAUCCAGAGAGGCAGCAGCUGCUGUGGAUGUCAAAACCUGGCCAACCAUCAUCGACACAGAUGAUUUGCCCAGGAAGCGACUGGCUCAGCUCUACAAACCACCCACGCCUGAGAUGUUGGCAUACCUGGACUUCAGUGUCUCCACAACAGGGAUGCUGACAGGGGUGAAGAUGUCCCAUGCGGCCGUCAGUGGCCUCUGCAGGGCCAUCAAGCUGCAGUGUGAGCUCUACUCCUCCCGGCAGAUCGCCAUCUGCCUGGACCCCUACUGUGGGCUGGGCUUUGUGCUCUGGUGCCUUUGCAGUGUGUAUUCUGGACACCAGUCAAUCUUAAUUCCUCCUAUGGAGCUGGAAUCCAACCUUUUUCUCUGGUUAUCUACUGUCAGCCAGUACAAAAUAAGGGACACUUUCUGUUCCUAUUCAGUCAUGGAACUGUGCACAAAGGGACUUGGAAACCAAGUUGAAAUGUUAAAGGCCCGAGGCAUUAACCUGUCCUGCGUCCGGACGUGUGUGGUGGUGGCCGAGGAGCGGCCAAGGGUCUCCCUCACCCACUCCUUUUCCAAGCUCUUCAAGGACCUUGGGCUGUCCCCCCGGGCUGUCAGCACCACCUUUGGCUCAAGAGUCAAUGUGGCCAUCUGCUUACAGGGAACGUCUGGGCCUGAUCCCACCACGGUGUAUGUGGAUCUGAAAUCCUUGAGACAUGACAGAGUGCGCCUGGUGGAACGAGGAGCUCCACAGAGCCUGCUGCUUUCUGAGUCUGGGAAGAUUCUGCCUGGAGUCAAAGUAGUCAUUGUCAAUCCUGAGACCAAGGGGCCUCUUGGAGACUCUCACCUGGGGGAGAUCUGGGUGAACAGCCCCCACACGGCCAGUGGCUACUACACCAUCUACGACAGCGAGAGCCUGCAGGCAGACCACUUCAACACGCGGCUCAGCUUCGGCGACGCGGCGCAGACGCUGUGGGCUCGCACCGGCUACCUCGGCUUCGUGCGGCGCACGGAGCUCACCGCCGCCAGCGGGGAGCGCCACGAUGCUCUCUAUGUUGUUGGAGCACUGGAUGAGACCUUGGAGCUGAGGGGACUGCGCUACCACCCCAUCGACAUCGAGACCUCCGUCUCUCGAACUCACAGGAGCAUUGCUGAGUGUGCUGUGUUCACGUGGACCAACCUGCUGGUGGUGGUGGUGGAGCUGUGUGGCUGUGAGCAGGAAGCCCUGGACCUGGUCCCUCUGGUCACAAAUGUGGUCCUGGAGGAGCAUUACCUGAUCGUGGGUGUGGUGGUGGUGGUGGACCCUGGAGUCAUUCCCAUCAACUCCAGGGGGGAGAAGCAACGAAUGCACCUCCGAGACAGCUUCCUGGCUGACCAGUUGGACCCCAUCUAUGUAGCCUACAACAUGUAACACAGCCAGGAGCUCUGUGGAGCCACCAAGAGACAGAGGGUGGCUGUGGAAACGAAGCUGGUGAAAAACUGCCCAAUACUUGAUCUGAAGGUGGAGAUUGCUGCCAUGUUCCCUUCAUCUCAUCCUGUGGUAAUCCUGAGGUGGUUUCUGAGUGCCAGCAGACAAGAGGAGAUGUGGCAGGCAGUGGAAAAUCUCUGGAAGCAGAGUUUACUGAAACCUUAGCUUCUAGAGGUGCAGAGCUGGCACAGGUGUGAGCUCCAAGCGUCCCAAGGCCUUGCCAGUAGUGUUCCUUUGGUCACCCUGCUGUACAUAUUUGUAUUUUUAUCUAAUACCUGGGGUAGGAUUCUAUAAGGGGAGGCUUUAUUUAGUUAAGAUAAUAAAAAACUAUUCAGAAA